GAGUACGGUAAGAUACAGGAAGCGCUGUGUUUUGAUGUUGAAGUUUAAAUGUACUUUUCGUAACAAUGGCGUUUCCGAAGGAACAUUCCUCAGAUGGUGGGCAAAGAGUGGGAGCCUGAAAAACAGAUUGACGCGGAUUAAAAAAAUGGACGAGACUUUACCACCGUUGUUUACAUUUGGAGUCAUUGCCGACAUCCAAUAUGCUGAUAUUGAAGACGGUUUUAAUUAUCACCACACAAGAAAACGAUAUUAUAGGAAUAGCCUGCGUUUACUGCGCAGAGCUAAUGAAAAGUGGAAAGGAGAGGCAGUAAAACCUAGUUUCAUUAUCCAGCUCGGUGAUGUCAUCGAUGGGUAUAACAAGAAGUACAAUGCUUCGGAAACAGCCCUGAAAACGGUUGUGAAUGAGCUGGACAAGAGUGCAAUUGAAGUGCACCAUGUGUGGGGAAAUCAUGAAUUUUAUAACUUCAGUAGAGACGAGCUCAUGAUCUCGGCAUUGAACAGCAGAACCACGAAUGACACAACGUCGACGAUGUCUGAAGACACCACUGCAUUGGAAGACACAGUUGAAAGCGGAAAUGUUUCUGACACAGAAGAGAGCUAUGCUUAUCAUUUCAGUCCUGCUCCACAUUUCCGCGUUGCCGUACUUGAUGCAUAUGAUCUGAGUCUUAUCGGUCGAAAAGAACCCAGUGUGAGAUACUACGAAGCACUGGAAAUUAUACAAGCACACAAUAACAAUGAUGACCUCAAUCACCCGCCAGUAUUUGAUGGAACGGAACGAAGAUUUGUGAAAUUCAAUGGAGGAUUCAGUAAAUGCCAGCUUGAUUGGCUUGACAGAUUGCUAACACUUUCAGAUGAGAAACUUGAAAAAGUCGUAGUUGUCAGUCACCUGCCUGUGCAUCCUUACUCAACAGAUCCCAUAUGUCUUGCCUGGAACUAUGAAAGAGUGCUUUCUAUUUUACACUCUCACAAAUGUGUAGUGUGUUUCAUGGCAGGACAUGAUCACGAUGGGGGUUACUACAGGGAUGCCUCUGGAGUGCACCAUCUCACAUUUGAGGGGGUGAUUGAGACCCCACCAGAGAGUGACGCAUUUGGAACGGUGUAUGUUUAUGAAGACAGGAUGGCAUUGAGAGGGAAUGGCAGGGUUGCAGACAGAGUUCUCCUGUAUCCCUAAGGCCAUAUUAAACCCAAAAAUAUUAAACCUAAGAGGUUUUGCCAGAAGUUCCAAAAGGAUGAAAAAAAUCUGAACAGAAGUGGUUUACAAAUCUGCCUUAAUUACUGAUUUGUCAAGAUGAAAAUCUCUCUAAUUUGGUACUUUUACUUUUUUU